UGGAGUUUCAAAACAGCCUGUGAUUGACAUUAGUUUGUCUUAAGACCAGACAAUAUGGUUCACUCCAUUCCCUCCUACGAUUCACCCGCAAACUGCUCUGACCACGGAGCUUAUCAUCAUUACUCUUCACAGCUCUCACAAUCAUCAUUCCCUUCUUCUGAUGGCUCUUUAGCAGAGAAUCCUGAUAAUUCCAAUCCCUGCUCGAUAGUGUGGAUGAAUUCAAGCUCAAGCAGCCCAGAGACCUUGGAGACAGCAUUCACUUUUCCUGACCCAUGGGCGCUCAGUACGACUCAGGUUUAUCCCCUCAGUGCUUCUACGUCGCCGCUGGAAGCUCCAAAAGAUGGAAGUCUUUAUCUAUUUUCGUACUGUGAUGAAAGGACGUCUCACACCAUGGCGCCCUACUCCAGACCGGACCAGGCAAAUACGCAGUUUGGAUGCUCUCGUGCGACUGAAAGUUCGUCAGACUGGAUUCAUGGAGUAGAAGGCCACGGUCGCAAUGGCCCUGAUUCUCAGAUCUACCUUACGCCUUCACCAGCAGCUGAACACUUUCCACAACAGUCUGAGACUAUGCAUACCACACCCUCUCCUGCAACAAGGUCAGCUACGUCUUCCAAUUCUCCACAGCAUAUCGAUCGUGAGAGAACAGAAGUUGAGCGAGAAAACGAGCGCAAUGAUGAAGAAAGGAAUUCAGGUCCAGACGACAGUGGCCCCACAGACCUUCCGUAUUCUCAUUUGAUCGCGGAAGCUCUCAAGACUGCACCUGAUAGAAAGCGUACCCUUCAAGAGAUCUACAGCUGGUUCGAGCAAAAUACAAGCAAGGGGAGAGACCAACGCUCAAAGGGAUGGCAGAACAGUAUCCGGCACAAUCUCUCAAUGAAUGCGGGGUUUGAAGCCGUGAGGGUAGAAUCUCCCAAUGGCAAAAAGGCCGUGAACUACUGGCGCCUCACGGACGAGGCCUACAGAAAAGGCAUCCAGUCGACUACCCGGUACAGGAAGCAAGCGAAUCAUAAGAGGCCUUUGGGCUCGGACCCGCCGGCUUCCCAGCGCCAACGAUCUGGGGCCAAAGGAGGGAAGGCGACCAAGAUUGCAGCCAAGUAUCGCGGCCAGAUGUUUUUGAUGACAGGAUGCCAGCAGGACGCUGCACAAAGGGAACGACUGUAUCUGCAUCCCGCCCCUCUGCAGCUGCAGCUGCAGCUACCGUCACAGAUGGUGAAUCGCCCUCCGUACCUUCGCGCAGCUACUUCUGUGGCGACAGUGUCACCAACCCGUGCGUCGGGUCCGGCCACGCUGAUGCAUCGACAGUCAGCGGAACAGUACAAUUUGGGUAGCGUCAUUGGCUGUACGGAGGCCCCCUCCCUGUACCCCUAUGUUCCAUGACAUGGCGGGGCCUAGCGAAGAGUAUUGUUUUGC